AAAUGAGAUUGUUUAGUGUAAUUUGUACAUAUCUGGCAUUAAUUUUUAUUGGUUUUGCAGUGGCUUUUAAAAGACAAAUGCGAGUUAUCGGUGGCACAGAUGCUAAUAUAAUGGAAUUUCCACAUCAAGUUUCACUGAGAUUAUUUAGUAAUAAUAAGCAUUACUGUAGUGGCUCCAUAAUUACUAAUAAGCACAUCCUCACAGCGGCUCAUUGUCUUUACCGUUUGGAAGCUUACUAUAGCGAUACAAGAAUUUACACGGGAUGUACAAACAGAAAGAAUACUACGGGAUCCUCCUACAGGAUUCAAAACGUCUUUAUUCAUCCUCAUUUUACUGGAGAGUUGAUAACUUCGUCGAUGUUUAGACACGAUAUCGCUAUUAUAGAGGUUGUGGGGGUCAUUGAAUUUUCCGAAAUACAAAAGAUGGCCAAACUUCCAACGCGAAAGAUUCGUAUUGGCGAAAUUGCUGAAGCUAGCGGCUGGAGCUUAACAUCUCCAACAUCAAAUACAAUCUUUAGCAUAUUACAAAAAGCUCCUAUGAGGAUUAUGAGUAAUAUUGAAUGUAUGCAGAAAAAUCCAAUUAAAUUAUAUAAAGGGCAGUUUUGUGCGUUUUUGCAACCCGGUGUUGGAAUAUGUACCUAUGAUAGUGGUGGCCCCUUAACUAGUAAUGGCAUAAUUAUUGGAAUUAUUUCAUUCUGUGUUCCAUGCGCAGUAGGCUUACCUGAUGUAUACACUGAUAUUUAUUAUUAUCUUGAUUUUAUUAAAUCCAUAACGAACAUUUGA